AUGCUUCCAAAGAUAUCUUGUGUGCCAUUGUGCACUCAUCCUAAACUAUUAAUUUGCUCUGCUGCAACAUUGGCCAUCGCAGAAUUUCUCGAAAGGUUGCAAGUUGCUGUUCGACCGCCUUCCAACAACGUAGCUGCAAUACCUGACGAAGCAAGUGCAAGUGCGAUACAAUUUUGUGAUCGAAUCAAAAUCAAUGAUAUUAAAAAGUCCCAGUCCUACCUGAAGCAUAUAAGUAAAAAAAAUCUGCCAGAUUUUGCUGCCACGACUUCUGUAGGAACCGAACAUUGGUUCAAUUGGAUAGUGAGAUGGAAUGGAAACAAGGAGGCCGGAACACAAGAGGAUAACAACAUCGGAUCCACGGAAAACACCGUUUCCACAAGUGAUAAAAGGGUGGAAGAGGUUAGUGACGAAAAUAAAAAAGAAACGGAUGAACGGUUAUACCCGAGAAACCUUGUUGUGGACAGCAGAACCGCGGAAACGACCGCGAUAUAUUCAGUUGGAGAAAUCAUGCUGAUUCUUCGAGAGAGUUGGAGAGAGCAGUACGAAAAAAUAAAUGGCAAUUUCAAACAGCUUAACGCCCAAGAUCAGUGGACGAUGAACGAUGAUCCAUGGUUGGAUCCAAAAUGGAAAUUUACAAUUGAGUCGAAAUCUAAUACAGUUUUAUCUCAAGACGUAUGCAUGCGGGUGGACCGAAAAUCGGCCAAAGAGAGAAUUAAUAUCAACCCAGUCAAUGAGUGGAACAGUGAAGAUAUGUUUUUAAAAAAAGAAUUGUGGUUGCUGCGAGAAAACUUCUACAUAAUGGAACAGAAAAUACAAUCAAUGGAUGUUGAAUCAGAAGCUGUUUACAAGAAAACAAAUAGUCGGAUAGAUAAGCUUGAAAAGAUCGUGGACGCAUUAAAAACCGAAAAACAGUAUUUCGUUCAGACGAACAGAAUGAUCAAUAAGAAAAUCAGUAGAAUUUAUUUUAAUUUUUAA